AUGUUGAAUGGAUUCUACAGUUUGUUGCAUCACUCCAUCUUCCGCCGCUACAACCAGUAUGACGAUGUCAGUUACAGAGAGAACUUUAAGGGGCAGAAACAGCAGACCCGAGGAGCAGCUAGGAGCCGUUCGAGGCAAUGCCGGACACGCUCACAGAGGACGAACGCCCUGGCGGUAAUUUCAGGAACCUCCCCCCCGCGGCCCGGAGGGCGCCGGGCUCCCCUCACGCCCCGCGGCCCCUCACCCUCACCCUCGCGUCCAGGCCCGCUCCGGGGACCCCCAGCGGCACCCAACCGCCCCAGCAGUCCUCGCCGCCGUGCGCAGGCGCGACGUGUGGGGGCCCGGCGCCUGCGCGGUGCCGCUGCCGGAGCGGGGCGGACCCGUGGCAGCCAUGGCGGCGGCGGGGCUGCGGGCGGAGCUGGAGCAGCGGCUGCGGGAGCUGGGCAUCGCCGCCCUCACCGCCGAGCACCCCCAGGUGCGGGACUCGGACCCCACGGUUUUUUUUCUUGCGUUUUUGAGCGAGCGCGGAUGCGUGUGAGAAACGAACGAGAAAGGGUGUUCACGGUUGAGGAAAUGAUGUCCCACGUCCAACACCUGAAAGGAGGGCACAGCAAAAACCUUUUCCUUAGAGACAAAAAGAAGAAAGGCUUCUGGCUGGUGACCGUCCUGCACGACAGGCAGAUCAACUUGAACGAGCUUGCCAAAAAACUGGGUGUUGGAAGCGGAAACCUAAGGUUUGCUGAUGAAAACGCCAUGCUGGAAAAAUUAAAAGUAGGCCAAGGCUGUGCGACACCUCUGGCCCUCUUCUGCGACCAAGGAGACAUAAAGUUCGUCUUGGAUGCCGGCUUUCUGGAGGGGGGCCACGAGAAGGUGUAUUUCCAUCCCAUGACAAACUCUGCAACCAUGGGCCUAAGCCCUAAAGACUUUAUGAAGUUUGUGAAAUCGACAGGCCACGAUCCAAUAAUCAUACAUUUUGAUAAAGACAUUAAAUAGGAGAAGUUGACAUUUUUAUUACUCGGCAAAGAUUUUAUAGAGCAAAACUGGUGAAAUUUUUAUUACAAAUACACUUUGGAAAAAUAGGCAUCCUCCUUCUUAUGUUGUAUAAUCUGGUGAGAAAAAAUACUGUAUUUCAGCUAUUAAAAGUUUUAACAGAAUAUUCUUACAAAGAAAAGAUGUUUGCGAUAUACCUGUAAGUAAACAAGAAGUAGAAAUGGCAUUAUAUGUUGUAGUGUUUAUUAAUAAAAUGGAUUAACUGGAA